UGUGUCGCUCCCUGUCGGCGAAGUUCGUUUUCCCAUGAUGCCUCAGUGGUUGCUCUCUAACUCGCGCCCUCGGUCCAUCUUACCUCUCCGCAGUCUCCCUCCGCCCGCGCGCCCACCGUGUUGUUGUGGUAAAUAAUGGCGGCAUCGGGAGGAGGAUUACCAUCUCCCGCUACCGCAGCGGGCUCAAACAUCCAACACCCGGCCCGGGCUCGCUUCCCAGGCCGGCCGUGGGCGGCUCGCAGCAGGCUGCGGUCGGAGAAGCGCACCAGACGCGGAAGGCUGGGCUCGGAUGACGGGGAGCUGGCUGUCGAAGGGCCGAGGCCCGUGAACAUCGGGCUCGCGUUGAGCGAGGAUCCGUCCCUGCUGCGCCUGCUCGGGGUGGCGGAGAAGCACAGGCGGCAGAGAGAUGCGGGCUUCGAGUCCAGCAGCUGCAGCGAGGAGGAGGACGAUUUCCCUGGAUUUGGGACCUCUACAGUUUGUCCUAAGAAAACGUCUGGCACUGUUCCUCGGCCUUCGUCACUCCGCCAAGCAAAGUCUUCCCGUGCUUCGGAACAUUCCCCAGGAACAAAAUAUCUUGAUGGAAAAAUUACACCCAAGACCCCAAAACCAGCUCUGAUUGGGAAAAUUGUACCGAGGCUUCACAAAGAAGGCCAGGGUGUCAAAGAGAGCCCAGUAGAAGACAAACAAAUACCCAAGAUGAUAAUUAAAGUGCAUAGCAAGCAGUUAGUACUCCCCACAAAAGCCAAACAUAUAGAUGAGCGGGCCUCAGGCAGCCAGAGUAGUACACGAUCAACUGUCUUUACAAGGAAAGCAGCAGGAAAAGGCGAGUCAGGCAGAAUGCACAACCAAACAUCUGGUGGCGUCACGGCAAAAGAAGAAGAAGAAGAAGAAGAAGAGGAGGUUUCAGAGGACUCGGACUCAGACCAGUCCCAGCCACACAGCUCUCUGAAACCACUUGGGCACACCAGAGGCACAUCUCAAGCAGUUGCUCUGUCAUUUACAUCUUUCCACAGACGGCAGAGGAAGAGAAUUGUUAAGAGUACUGGUGCCUCUCCGGAGGCUGGAGCCGAGGCUGGUGCUCAGAGUGGAGAGGAGGCAGCAAUGCCCCUUGAGUGUAAAGCUGAAGAUUCCCCAAAAAAACGAAUUCACAAAAGAGCGCAGAGAAAGUCUUUGUAUGGGUACAAGAGAAAGCCACCGCCAACCAUCAGACGACCGAAACUGGGUCGUACUCGCACUAGGCGUGUUUUUUACACAUAUGUACCAGAGGCCAUUCCAGCCACAACGACGGAGGACGAGAACAAGGAGCAGCUGCAAGAACAUAAUAUCACACAAUCAGAAGGUGAACACAGCUCGUUUUCUGAACAAGUCCAGCAGGGCUCCAACUCCUCCACUCCUUUGAUGAGCGUACGGUCCUCUCGUGUUAUUAAAACUCCAAAGAGGUUCUUGGAUGAGGAAAUGAUUCCUUUUCCAAAGGGCCCUUUUUCAACAUUGCUGAAGAGUCAGCAGAGAGAGGACGGAAAACCAAGUGCAUCACCUCAUGAGUCAGGUUAUGAUGGCAACUCACUACUGUCAGACAGUGACUCUUUAUCCAUUUACAACAGCCCGUCUGCUGAGAUGAAGUUUUCUCCGAAGCCCAGUUCAGGCACGAGCCACGUAGAGAUUUACAAGAACCUCAAAAAACUGACCUUGAAACUGGCAGAGAAAAAGAGAGGCCAGUGUGACACUCCGGAGGAUCAUAUGUAUCACAGCGAAGGCUUGAGCUCUCAUGUCAAGAAGAGGCGGAGGUCAAAGCUCAUGAUGGAAGAGCUGGAUAUGGACUCUCCUGGUGUUGUGAGGAAACUUGCAGUGGUGGUGAACACUGAUGCGGAGAAGCCCUCUCAAAUGCCGUUUGAAGAGAGUGGAAGCAAUAAUCAAGCAGUAGGCAUGACGGGGGAGGUUCAGGAGACUUUAGAAGUCAGUGGGCCCAGCCAUCGAAUAGGUCUCAGUGGAGCUAAUAAGAGGAUGCUCCACCUGCUGAAGAAAGCCAAAGUCCAGCUCAUCAAGAUUGAUCAGCAGAAGCAGCUCAAGUUGUCUCAGUUGGGCUCCAGAGAAUUGCAGGGGCCAGUGAGUGGAAGAAGGAGGAGAAAAGUUGGUACAUCUCCUCAAGAUACUAGUCCUCAGGAGCAGCCACUGGGUGGUCCAAGGAUCAAACACGUCUGUCGGGCAGCAGCGGUGGCUUUGGGGCAGCCCCGCGCCAUGGUGCCAGAUGAUAUUCCCAGACUGAGCGCCCUGCCACUGCACGAGAGAGAGGGCAUCACCUUCUCUCCCGCAACAGAAGAUGUGGCAGAUGAUGACGAUGACGUCUCUGAUCAUGGCAGGGCUCAGUGGGUUGUCUCACAGGAAAACAUCCAGCGCAGGAGGAUGGGAAAGGGGAGGGGCCACAAGUUUAGAAAGAGGAGGAUAAUGAGACGAUUUGGAGGCGUGGGGUCCCGCUCCCGGCGCUGCAGGCGUUGCAAAGGCUGUCUGAUAGAGGUGGACUGCGCCAAGUGUGUCAACUGCCUGGAUAAGCCCAAAUUUGGAGGGCCCAACACCAAGAGGCAGUGCUGCAUAUACAGAAAGUGUGACCAGAUUGUGAAAGCGAAGAUUCAACGCGUUGUCAGACCACUGAAAGGCCAUGAGAGGCGGAUGUCAGGCUCUAUGUCGAGCAGUGACACCGGGAACUGGGAGUUUGGAGUAGAAGGCGAGGGUCCGUCGUCAGUGACCCCUGGAAUCAGAAAACAGUCCCUGCGUAACAUCACACCGCGCUCCUACAGCAGCCUGCUUAAAUCCGAAUCUGAAGAAGAGGAGGGAAUAGAAGAAAAGGGUGACGAGGAUAAAUCAACAGCCAAGGCAAAUGUAGCUGCUGCUGCGAGCAACCAAGAUCUUGCUAAUCAAGACUGGAGAUCAGUGUCGGAUGAACCUGCACCUGAGGUGGUGAAGCAUCGCCGGCUGUUCUCCAGAGGAGUCGGGAGCAGACCCAGAGCAAACAAGAAUCCUGCAGAGUGUGCAUCAGUGAACACCCUGACGGGGUUAACUAAUGGACUUCCCCAUAAGGGCCUGUUGCAGAACAAGCACAAGAUCCACGUGGACUUCAAGGAGGACUGCGCUGUUCAGAAUGUGUGGCUCAUGGGCGGCCUCAGUGUCCUCACAUCUGUGCCGACCACUCCACAACCUGUCUGUCUGCUCUGCGCCAGUAAAGGGCGACAUGAGUUGAUCUUCUGCCAGAUCUGCUGUGAGCCUUUCCACAGUUUCUGCCUCUCACCGGAGGAGCGCCCCCAGGGGGAGAACAAGGAGAACUGGUGCUGCAGGCGGUGCAAAUUUUGUCACGUUUGCGGGCGAAAAAGCAAAAGCACGAAGCCUGUGUUGCAGUGCAAAAGAUGCCAAACCUCCUACCAUCCUUCCUGUUUGGGACCAACAUACCCUAAACCUAUGAACUGCAGCUUGCCAUGGGUGUGCAUGACAUGCAUUCGGUGUAAAAGCUGCGGUGUGACUCCUGGAAAGUCCUGGGACUUGUCCUGGAACCAUGAGCAGGAUCUGUGCCCCGACUGCACUUCUCUCCACAAUAAAGGUAAUUUUUGUACGGUCUGCCACAAGUGCUACAACGACAGCAGCCAACACGCACAGAUGAUUCAGUGUUCAGAAUGCAGCCACUGGAUUCAUUACAAAUGUGAAGGACUUUCGGAGGAGCUGUGUGGUUUGCUGUCGAGCCAACCAGAGGAGAUGGAUUUCACUUGUUCACCCUGCAGCCAGCACCAGAGUGAACACAGCUGCUUGAAGGAGGAGCUGCAGAUCAGGCUGAUCGCCGGGCUUGAGAUGGUGCUCACUGACCUCCUCUCCAAUGAUACCACCAAGCACCUACUUAUCUGUGAAGCGUGUCGGAAAACAAACGACUCAGGGUUUUUUAGGGAACAGCGACCAGUCUGUGAUCUGCAAGUGAUGGAGAAGAAGUUUGAAGAGGGAGGGUACACCUCAAUAAAAGCGUUCCAUACAGAUGUCAUCUCUGUGAUGAGGAGGCGGCUGAAGGAGGAAGAGCUUUUCCCUGAGGAUCAGAGGCCAACUACUCAGGCUGAGGCACACUAUGUCAAAUUGUUGGAGCAGAUUUUCACUUGGUUUCCUUCACCUAUUCUAAAGACAUGGAACUUAUUCUCUGAUGAAUUUCCAAGUGGCAUGCUCCCUGAGGCCGUCCUUCCACCAUCUAAGGAGCACAGCUAUGCACAGUGGCUGGAGAGGACAUACCAGCUCGAGGAGUCCAGGGGCCCACCAGUGGGAAAAUCUGACUCUCUGCUAUCCUCACUCACUACACAGCAGUGUGGUGCAUCCCACAGCCUCCCUCUGCAUUCACAUGGUGUAAAGGUGAAAUCUAUCAGGACUGGAGAUGUGAGGCAGUGUGCACUGUGCCAACAAUAUGGAGACUCUGCUCCUGCAGAUGCGGGACGGCUGUUAUACUUGGGGCAGAAUGAAUGGGCGCACAUUAACUGCUGCCUUUGGUCUGCAGAGGUGUAUGAGGACAACGGUGCUCUUUUGCAAGUGCACAGUGCUGUCUCAAGAGGGCGCCACCUGCGCUGUGAUCGCUGUGGACAGUCAGGGGCGACUGUGGGCUGCUGUCUCGCCACCUGCCAGAGUAAUUUCCAUUUCAUGUGUGCUCGUGCCCAGAGCUGUGUGUUUCAGCAGGACAGGAAGAUGUACUGCUGCAAACACAGGGAUCUUGUCAGUGCAAAGGUGGUUUCUGGGGAAGGGUUUGAAGUCCCUCGACGGGUGUACGUAGACUUUGAGGGGAUUACAUUCAGAAGAAAGUUCCUCACGGGCCUAGAGCCAGAAACCAUAAACAUGACCAUAGGCUCUUUGCAGAUUCAGAAACUUGGUGUGUUGACAGAGCUGUCCUCUAAUGGGAGAAUGCUGUAUCCUGUCGGCUAUCAAUGUUCUCGGUUGUACUGGAGCACUGUGGACCCCCGCAGGCGCUGUAAGUACACCUGUAAGGUGACAGAAGUGAGCACUCCUCUCCCCGGUGAGGAACAGGAUCUGAGAUGGGACAAGGAGGAGAAUCACACCAUCGUCCACAGUCCCAAACACCACAGAGAUAUGGAGUCUCCAGAUCAUUUGAGCUCCUCUUCCAGCCCGAUAAAGUCCACUACCCCAUCACCCAACUCUAAAGUGCACAACACACCUGGGUCCAAAAGUCCUGGUUAUACACAGACCAGAAGACCAGCAGGAGGAUCAUCCCGACCUCUCCCAUCACCAGGAUCCGCUCCCCCCAAAUCUCAUCACAUCCUGACACUGAGGGAUCUGGAGGAAACCCGUCGGCCUCGCAGACUCUCAUCGAGAAGCCGCUGUAGCUCCUCCCCAACAGACAGUGAUCCAACUGUUCCGAUGACUCUCCGCUCAGGGGGCACUGUCCAUUCCAGAUGUGCACUGUUCAAUUCCCCACCAAGGUCAUCAAGUGCUGCACCUGUCUCACCUCCUCUGUCACAACAAAACUCCACAUCACCUGUAUGGAGCUCCCCGCCUAGAUCCAACUCCAGCAUCACUACAGGGAUGUCACCUCGGCAAGCAGUCAUCACGCACUCCCCCAAAGGGAGACAGAGCUUUAAAAUCACCACUCCGGUCUCUGCGGAGGUUCCCCAUGACUUCCUGGCAUCGUCCGAGGCAGAAGACGCAGCCGUGGCCACAACCAACGGGAUCUCACUCGCCCCUGAAAACUUGGAAGAGGAAGUUGCCAGCCUGAUGUCCCAGGAGCUGCCUUAUACUGUGUUCGACACUGACACAGAGGUGGCAGUGGCCUCCAUGCUGAAUGCGAAGCUUGAGUUCGAUGAAGCUCUGCUCACGGAGAAUGUGGUGCUUCACUGCGGAGCACACGGCGGUAGAGGAGAGGUGGAAGGUGCAGUGCAGGAUGUGGAAAUGCAGGAACAGAAUCAGGAGAAUGACUCUGAAGAUGAAGACUCAAGCCAUUACUUAAAGUUUUCUCGUACUGUGGUGUGUGAAGCAGCGAGUGGCUCCGAUGCCUCUGGUCAGCUCCCCUCAGCACAGUCGAUCUCACAGUUGGAUGGAGCAGACAGCGGGUCAGAGAGCGAUGAAAGUGAAGUGAGCAGCGAUGAAGCGCCGGACACUAAAAUCCACACCAAUAAUAAAAAUACACCAACUAAACAGCUGACCAUUGCUCUCAAGAGGCUGGAGUCGAUUUACACUGUGUCACACUCGACAGUCCAACAAGCAACAACUCAGCCAGAGAUUCAAGAAAACCUACCACCGUCUGCACUUCUCGAGUCAGAUUACGCAGAGGAUGACACUUCGCUUCAGGAGGAAGAGGUCCCCAUGAGCUCAGAUAUGCUAGCAUCUCAAAAUGAGGUGUUUUUGGAUUCAACUACAGGCCAUUUUAUUUCUGCUGACGACGGCUCUAUAGUUUACCCAAGUACCAUUGAAGAAGAUAAAGAGGACACUACCUCAUCAGCUGACUCAGUUGAAGGAUAUAAAGAUGAUUUAAACGACCCCGACUACUCGCCAGAAUCUACAACCAAAAAAUCUCCUAUAAUGAUGAAAACCUUCGUUAUGAAGACAAAACAUCCCACACCACACCUCAAACACUUCUCGCCAAAACCAUGUCUGCAGCCAGAGCAUAAUUUCAAACUUCUGUUGCCCCAUCAGGCAGAAAGUAAUGUGUCUGUUUCACCUGCUGCUGCCACUUUGUGUGCAGUCCCACGCACAGUCACAUCUCCCAUUAUGAUCAAUGGUUUAAAUGCUUUACCUGUGCAGCCUGGUGCCAAACAUAGAACCUUCGCCAUCCGCCUAAACAACUCCAGACCGGGAAGUCAGCAGCAGCAGGCAGGGACUGCCAGUCAGGCUGCAGCUUCUAACUCCUCCUCGACCCCGGCCGCAGCUCCUGUCCCUCAAGUCUUGCUGGUCAACCGCCAAGGACAGAUUCUCGUCAAAGACCCGAAAUCAAACACUUACCAGUCUCUCGAUUCAAAUUCUCCUGCUUACGCUAAGAUAAGCCAGAUAGCCAAGCUUCUCCACAGUCGUAACACUUUGCAGCGCUCUGUCCCUCGUGUUAUCAUAAAGCCUCGCUCCAACCUCUCUGCCACAAACGCCCCUCCUGCCAGUAACCACACACCAACAACAACCGAGAGAAAAAUCAUCGUCAGAGUGAUGCCUGUGAAAAACAGCGGGGCUCCCACAGCUCCUGUUAGAGUGCACAAUGCUCCUGAUACUAGUUUCUCCAACAUGGAAGAAAGCACAGCUCAGGCCAUCAUCGACAGAGCCAUGGCGACGCACCGCGACUCGUCAAGGACAAAACCAAACAUACUCAGUCACAUUCGGCAGCCAAAGGCUAGAGUGUCCCAGUUUCAGGACGCAGAGAACUCGGAUCAGUCUCCAGCUGCACGCUCAGAGUCUCCCAGUGGUUUAAUCUGUGAACCAAAUUUGAACUUGCAACCAAAAGCUGCCUCAUCACGCCACCAGGAGAAAGUUAAGAGAGUCUUAACAACUGAAAAGCCCUCAAAGAAGAAAUCCAAGAUUGACUUCUUGAUGGAUACAGCAAGUGAGCUGGAUAAGGUUAAUGAAGCCAGCAGAUUGAGUGGUGUGAGAAUAAAAGCUCCGAGCACGAAAGACGUUUUCGAUCUAGAUCAGGAGAACACUUCUGAGCUGCUGAGAAUCCCUGCUCCACCUCUGCCCCAACCCUCUAGACAAUCUCAGGUUGAGAGUUCAUCCACACAAACCAACACACAGAGCGACGAGAGUAAAACACACAUGUGGGUCAGCGCUCGCCAUUGUGACCUGUCUGAAUGGGGCCCUUAUACAGGUUUGUGA